GUAAUAAAAAAAAAAAAGUCGGUGACGCCAGUGGGUGACAGUCAGCGGCUGCUCGUCGAUCCGAGCGGAGGUUAGCAUUGUAUUUGCGUUGCGUCACGGAGCGUUCUGGUUUGGUGCACCUUCCUGUCACUCUUGCAAGGGCACAAUAGCAUAUCACAACAGACGAAACGGAACAACGCUAACAAAAAUGGACGAAAAGACUGAGCACAUCGUCAUGACGCCGAAGUGCAAGACAACAAAUUCCACAACGCUGAUAAUCGAGAGGCAGGCCCUGGAUCCCCCAGCAGAGAAUGGUAACGAGAACAACGUUCACGUCGCUGGUGGUGAUCACAAGGGGAUCGUCAUUAAUAAGCAAGCUGCGACUGUGAUCAAUGGAGAGGUAUGUCCUGCUCAGCUCUGCCUGCAAUUCCGAGUGUUCCUGGUCAGUGCACAAACUGGAAAGCACACUCAGGAACAGAGGACUCUCCAAUUUUGGUUUGUUGAUACGCUUGCCGAAGCAGAACAGCCGAGCAUUGCACAAGAAUUCUUCAGGGAGCUUGUCGCACCGCAAGAGUUUCCUAGAGAUUAUGUGGGAUUUAUUAAAAAAAUAAUGAAGUUGAUGCAACAUAAAUAUCCCAGUAUCAAAAAAUUAGAGGUGGAAUUGAGACAAUUGGAAGAACCAAUAACCCUUCCAAGCAGGCCAUCUACGGGUCACUUACUAUUCACACUUCCUUCCUCUGAGAAAGUUAUGUGGAGAUCAGUAUCUACAGACGAGACCGUCAUGGGUCAAGUAAUUGAGCUAACGGUAGAAAAAGUUCUGGAGCUAAUUGAGUCCGCCUAUCCAAAUCCGGUUACUAUAAUUGACAUAGCCAAGGAACAUGGAUGGGAACCAUCAGCCGUAGAGACUAAAUUGAAAGAGCUUCAAGAGAAAGGGCUUGUUAAAGCGAUGGAUCAUGGAGCUUUCACUCGCGUCGUCGAGGAUACUCAAGUUCAAGUGGUGAAGCAGAUGCCGACGAUGGCGAAACAACCCACCAUAGCUAUCAUUACAGCUCAAUAUUGUGAAAAGCUCGCUGUGGAUUCGUUGAUUGAAAAUAAGGAAACCUUUGUCCGCUACACUACCGUUGGUACCGCAAGCUCACCAGACACAACAAAUGGAGUUCCGCGAGUGAUUUGCCGUUUUGGAGAAUCAAAUGUGUAUACUUUGGGCAAUAUCGGUACGCACAGAAUUGUGUGCACUAAAUUGCCAACUGUGGGACACACCAGGGAAGCAAUGACUGCAGCUGGCAAUACCACUACUAGAUUGUUAGGUACGUUCCAAAAAGUGGAUUUCGUUUUUCUCGUUGGAGUUGGUGGUGGUGUUCCUCAUUAUACAGAUUACAACAAACAUGUGCGACUGGGUGACGUAGUGAUAUCGCAUCCGACGCCACUUAACAAGAAAUAUACAUAUGUAUAUUGCGAAAGUGCCAAGAUGAACGAAAACGGAAAUUAUCAUUUUGAGACCAAGGAAUAUUGCCCGCCGAAUCUCGGUCUUCAAGAAAUUGCGGCAACUCUUAAGAAACAGGCUGAAAACGAAGCGCUUCCACCGUGGCAAACAUUUAUGAAAGAAGGUUUGGAGAAUUUAAUCAACCAAUCGGAACAUGAUUUUAAUCCACCACCGCCAGAAUCUGAUAAGCUGUAUAUGGCUAUUGGGGAGAGAGAUGUCAUUGAAGUAUCUCAUCCAACUGCUCCUAUGGAUUCCAUAAAUAAAAGAACCGAUGGGUGCUCCCGAAUCCACUUGGCACCAGUAGCAUCUGGUCGGCAAGUCGCGCGAGACGAACAACUUAGGCAAAAGUUUGCAAGUCGAUUCGGUGCGCUCGCGUUUGAUGCGGAAAUGGAUGCUGUUGUAGAAAGUAUUUUGGGUAAUUGCCGCGAGAAUUUCGUUGUAAUUCGCGGAAUUGCCGAUUACAAAGAUGGUACUCGAAUCAAAGAAUGGCAGCCUUAUGCGGCGUUGGCAGCGGCCAGCGUAAUGAAAGCUAUAAUAUGUGCUAUGGAUCCACCUACUAAUGACUAAUAAUGCUUUUCGUCUAGCUUUUCUGACUUUAUUUUACAUAGCGUACAAUUCAACGCGCAUAAUUUUUUGUAAGACAAAGGAUGAGGUUUAAAAUCAAAACGACAGUUUAUAGCACAUACUGCGCAAAAGUGCACAAAAAAA